AAUAUAUAUAUUCAAACGGUAACUAAAAAAACAAAGCUAAACAGCAUUAGCUUUCCCCCAUCCAAAGUCCAGGAGCUUUCAUUGUGUAGUCAAAACAGCCUUCAAUUUAAUUCGCCAUUUGUAUGGCUUGAGCCUAAGCUUCUGCCUCAUUUCUGUUGGGCUCAGAUACCAUACAAAUGAUUGGAGAGCUCGCGUGGGAAGAUCGGGAGACCGUUAGGCGAUGGGACCUCCUCCGAGGGGCGCGACUAGCGACCCCAGACCACCCGGUAGCAAUUGGCAGAACAGACAUUGAAGACUUAGACCUCUAUGCUACAUCUCGGGAAAGGCGGUUUCGUUUGUUUGCCUCUAUAGAAUGUGAAGGGCAGUUAUUCAUGACUCCGUAUGAUUUUAUUUUGGCUGUUACAACAGAUGAGCCCAAACUUGCUAAAACAUGGAAGUCACUUUCCAAACCGGAAUUAAAUCAAAUGCUCUCAGAAACACCACCAGUUUGGAAAGGAUCAUCAAAGCUAUUUCGAAACCUUAAAGAAAGAGGUGUGAUUUCUUACACAGAAUAUCUUUUUCUCUUGUGUAUUUUAACAAAGCCUCAUGCAGGUUUUAGAAUAGCUUUCAACAUGUUUGACACUGAUGGCAAUGAGAUGGUGGACAGAAAGGAGUUUUUGGUGCUUCAAGAGAUAUUCAGGAAAAAAAAUGAAAAGAGAGAAACUAAAGGAGAUGAAGAAAAGCGUGCAAUGCUGCGUCUUCAACUAUAUGGAUACCAUUCACCUACUAAUAGUGUACUUAAACCAGAUGCUGAGGAACUUGUCUCCAGAAGCUACUGGGAUACAUUGAGACGUAAUACAAGCCAAGCACUGUUUUCAGACCUCGCAGAGCGUGCUGAUGACAUUAUGAGUUUGGUAACAGAUACCACACUUCUUGUACACUUUUUUGGAAAGAAAGGAAGAGCUGAGCUCAACUUUGAAGAUUUUUAUAGAUUCAUGGAUAACCUCCAAACAGAAGUUUUAGAAAUAGAAUUCCUUUCCUACUCUAAUGGAAUGAAUACCAUCAGUGAAGAAGAUUUUGCUCAUAUUCUUUUACGAUAUACAAAUGUGGAAAAUACAUCCGUAUUUUUGGAAAAUGUGCGUUACAGUAUAGCUGAAGAAAAGCAAUUAACAUGUCACCCUGAGACAGAGACUGUUGCUGUGGCAUCUGGUCGCAGCAUACACUGAUUCAGAGCCAGAACAGUGACCAGUUUCCCUGGCAACAAGCUCUCCACAGCAGGACAAACCCCUUCUGGCUCCGUCUCCCUAAUUGAUUCGAAUGGUCCUCUCUGGAAAACAUGACAGGUGGGAUUGGGUCACAAAGCAGAAUUCAGGUUUGGAACAGGCGACCCUGAAUGUAAGAAAAGAGAAAGAGAAAAAUGUGAAAAGACAGUGAGGAUUCUCCUUGCAAAUAAAGAGGGAUUGUAAUUAAAGUGGGAAUAAUGUAUAUAAAACUUUGUUCUUAUUUUGAUAAGAAACUUAUAAUAAAUAUUAUUUUGAUAAUAAACCACUUAAUCAGUAGUUGGCUUGCACGAAAAUAGGCUCUUCUGGUUUUUUCUCUAGCUUUCCAGUGCAGCCUUGUUAGUAUGCCUUCCCCUACAUUCAGGUCAGAAUUGGUUAAGCCUAAGCUCUUGGCCCUCGCUCUUUUCAGUUUACCUUUUCUUUCAAUUACAUUAAUUUACUGAGUAGAACACUUAAUUAAAUGCAGCUCUUAAUGCCCAAAUUUGUAUUAUUUGAAAUAUGUGGUAUUUAUUUUAAAUAACUUCCCUAUUUAAUUCAAGUAAUAGUAGUGGCAAUAAUUGUAGCUUAUGUAAAUGACAUUCCAGAGUCCUGUCCAUGAUCCCACACCAAGCCCUGCAUCAGGCCUCCCUGAGCUGUAUGUACAGUCACUACGCUUCCUCCUGCUGUGCUGGCCAUGCUCUCGCAGCAGGAGCAAGUAAAAAUACACUACUGUUGGCUUAUUUUCAUUUUUCAUUGUCAUUAUAAAGAUAUUGAUGAUCAUC